AUGACGGCAUCACGAGUUCGAACCCGCAAGAACAAGGUCUUGCGCUCAGUUUUCCAAACUGACGUCUCACAGCCCACUCCUCUCCUUCUGUCGACGGCACCAGGAGAAGCUUUUGGUGGACCACUCCCAUCAACUUCCUCCACCAACACAACCAAGUCAGCCAGCAGCAGCACCACCCGUCAUGCUGCCACCAUCUCCUCACUCCAACCGGCCAGUGAUCAAGUCCGCUGGGACAGAGCGUGGCAUACCGUGACGUCAAGGAUCCAGCUUCCAACUUCAGUGGCAGUGGAAGACUCAUUUGGUACCAUGGCCCCCCAAUCCCAGGAUGCCGAUACAUCAUUCUACGAGAGCCUAGCGCUGGUUUUGGACGCGCCCGCUGCUCUUUCCCGUGCCACCCAUACGGAAGACAUUCUUGUCUGGCAUACCCAACAGGUCCGCCAGCACUUUGUCCACCAUGUCCUACCAUUGUUGGCUGCAUGUGCGGUGCAGGGUGAUCAUGCACAAGUCUUGCUAAGCAGCGUGCAGACUCUGGAGGCGGCCCAUCGUCAGUAUCUUUAUGGGCUGACGCUGAUCGUACGAGGCAUUGCGGAUGACACUUCCAGGUCUCUGGCCGAGUUCAAGUUCAAGCGAGAUUUGCAUGCUAUUAUUGGCAACCCGUGGGCGAAGGGCCUGACGGACGCCUUGAGAAGUGUCUUGAGCCGUUUACUUGCGGUCAUCCUCGGAUCAAAUCGGGAUAACUUGUCAUCAGAGGCUGGGGCUGGGGCUGGAAAACUGCGAGAGCAGCGAGUUGACGCGGCGAGGGAUGAGCUCCUGGGCUUGUUAGACUCGAUGCAUAACGUGGGCUUGUCAGGAGACAAGUUUCAGGUGCUGUUUGCAGAGGGUAUGAACGAAUGUAUGAAUAAUUUCAUACGGAAGACAUAUGCUGCAGUAUGGACGGCUCUAGAUGCAGAUGGCAAUGUGAACCCGUCUGCUUCAUCUGGAUGCAUGGAACAUUUAUGCGACUGGGUCGAGAAUCAAUAUGGCCGUCUUGCAGUGGAGGUCUUCAGUCGACUCGGGGGCCAGGUUGCCUGGACAGAUGUCGAGCGAUGGCGUGAAAUCGCCAUUGGAAGACUGGCUUCGCUGCGAAUCACGGAGUUGUUUGAUAUCGUGCUCCAUUGGCCUGAAAGUAAAGGAGGUCUAGAAGACCUUCGGGCUGCUGUUGCUACACCACAACGGAGAUUGCAACUCACUGAUACCUUCUCAGCCACGUUGCAAAAACGUUUAUUACACCCGGGCAGGUCCACGCUUGACAUUUUGCAGACGUAUAUUUCCAUGAUUCGGACAUUUCAUCAACUUGAUUCAUCCAAAGUUUUACUAGACCGAGUGGUUCAUGCGUUGCAACUAUAUCUCUGUCAGCGAGACGAUGCUAUUCGCAUCGUGGUCACUGGCUUACUUUCAAACCCAAGCACCAUAAACACCGAUGAAGCCAAACGACGACUGGUGGAGCUAGCUGUUUUGCUAAACGAAGCCUCCCAGCAACAGCGAGCUCAUAUCGAAGACGAGGAGCUCGACUGGGAUGACAUGACUUGGGUCCCUGAUCCCGUGGACGCUGGCCCGAACUACAAACGACCUAAAAAUGAAGACGUGAUUGGCACUCUCAUCAACGCUCUGGGAUCCCAGGAGAUCUUUAUCAAAGAGUUCCAAAUGAUUAUCGCCGAGCGGUUACUCUCGAAUCAAUCAGGCUUUCAGCAGGAAAUCAAGGUUUUGUCCCUCCUCAAGAAAAGAUUUGGGGAGAAUGCUCUUCAGAACUGCGACGUCAUGGUCAAGGAUAUUUACGAUUCGAAGCGAGUAGACGCACUUCUUCGCAAAAACCUUCGCAACACAGACAGUUACCAACCAAGUCCUAUCAACUACCACUCCAAGAUUCUGUCGCGCCUCUUCUGGCCAAGUCUCCCCAAAGACCCCUUUACGGUUCCUGCACCUGUUGCAGCGAUCCAGAGUCGAUACGAGGCGGGUUUCGAGCAACUCAAGACAUCUCGAAAGCUCACGUGGCUCAAUCACAUUGGCACUGCAACAGUGCAGCUCGAGCUUGAAGACCGAUCUGUUCAGCAAGAGUGCAAAACGUAUGAAGCUGCCGUCAUCUACGCUUUCCAGGGCGAUGCCACGGCCGACAAUCCUCAACGAACAUUUAAUGAGUUAUGGGAAAAAUUAAUGAUUGAUGAGGACUUGCUUGAAUCUGCGCUACGAUUCUGGAUUUCGAAACGCGUGCUACGCGAUCUCGGAAAUCAGACAUACGCCGUUCUAGAAAAGCUUGACCAGGAUGAUUCAACAAAACCUGGUGGCGACACGGCUGCUAUUGAUGAGAUUGUUGAGUCUGGCCACCCACCGCCCCGUAAGCCCAAGAUGGAUCCAAAGGAGCAAGAGCGCCGGACGGUUUAUUGGCAAUUCAUUGUAGGCAUGUUGACGAAUUCGAGCCCUGCGAUGCCGCUGGGCCAAAUUGCCAUGAUGAUGAAGAUGCUUAUUGCGGAUGGAUGUUCAUGGAGUAAUGAGGAGUUGCAGGAGUUUCUGGGAGAGAAAAUCGGAGAUGGUGAAUUGGAGCUUUCAGGGGGAAAGUAUAGGCUUGUGAAGAAGUGA